UCUCCUCUAUUUUCACUAUAUCAUUCCUUAUUUGUGUGCUACAUCUCCUUUUACAAGACGACACAUCCCACCCGGUGUCGAUCACCGUCCCAGAUCGCCCAGCGCACGCCAUGGGCCACGACAUAUCAAAACCUGCAGGCGAGCCAGCCUCGUUCCACCGCCCUGGUGAACCUAUAGGUCUCUUCAGGGUACAGAAGCAGAAUCCAAAGAAGCCUCGGAAGCAGAAGCAAAAGAAGCUCAGGAAUCGACGCGCCCAGAAAGAUGAAGGGCCUACGAACCUCGGCGCACGUACACACCCCUCCAUACCUAUGCUCUGUCCAGACUGGGUGUGGUCGACCAUGUCCAACGUGAGCGUAGCCAAAGACCGCGAAUGGUUCACCACCUACACCCCCUUCGACUCUACCGUCUGCAUCAGCGGCCAAAACCUCGCCGUCCGCGGCAUCGGCACCGUCAACCUCAACGUCAAACGCAACCCAGCGCGCGCCGGUCGACAAAACCAGGGCAUCCUCCCUCUCCGAACGGUCCUGCACGUGCCCGACGCGACCUGCAAUAUCCUCGCCAAGAUCCCAAACAUAGAUGGACAGUCAUGCUCCGUCUACAUCUUUCCAGCCAGGGGCGAAAGUAGGAGCUACUCAGUUAUGGACGGUGAGGAAGUGGAAGGCCACCACAAUGGGCAGAAGCAACAAAACGAGUUGAUGAAAGGUUGCAUCAAAGACCACAAGGGAAAGAUGGUCGCCUACUUCGAUCCAGACCACGUGUUAUUCGCGCUGAAACUGAGCGGGCCGCCGAUCGGGCCGAUAACGCGGGAGUCGGUGCUCAAAGCGAGGCCGGAAAGUUUACCUAUCAGCAUCUUUGCGCAAUGGGCCGCUGACGAGCUGGACAAGUGGAGUUUGAAGCGGGAGAUGCAAAACUUGCUCGCGGAUAGAGAUGUAGAUGGAGACAGCGAUGAUGCCAGCAGCGCGACACUCGACACUAGCGAUGAUGAGGAGGCCGAUCCGGACUUUGUUAUGGGCAAUGACGACGGCAGUAAUAAUGUCGGUCCUGGGAGGCCAAAGGAGAAUCUGGACAGGCACGGAUAUACGAAGGCGGAGCGGGCAUUCAUCAAGUCACACUUCAAGACUGAGUGGAAAUUCCUGCAUCUGUACGGCCUCCAAAUGGAAAAGGAUAAGGACAAGGAAUUGGGGAGAGAUAUUUUGAGGGCCAUGAUGGCAAACGACCAGACGAAAAAGAGCACGAACAUGAGGGCAGCCGGCUUCGCAGCACGCGUGACGGGACCCCGGAGACAACCACAACGCAAGGUUAUUAAACGGAGCGGACCAAGAGCACAAAGAGUCAACAAGAGCGGGCCACAACAGAAUGGGUUUUUAACGGCGACACUGGGCAAAUAUCGGGUUACACGAGCGCCACGGGUGCCACAACGCAGCUGGGCAGCGGCAGAUUGACUGUUGUCAAGGAGGAAAGUACGUGAUACAAACAAGUCUACCUUAUACACAGUAUAGAUUGCAUGCAUUUUA